ACCGAAACGGAAAGUGGAAUGCAUUACGUCCGUCUGAAAGGAAUGUCUUUAGUAUAAAAAGACAACGUUGUUCAUAGUCAACCAUCAUUCACUUGCACUUUCUUGCAAACGAAAAAAAUCAAGUCUCUUCAUUCAGAAAAAUGAACAAGUUCAUCAUUGCUGCUGCUGUGUUGAUGACGGUUGCUGUUGUUGCAGCUGCACCACAAUCCUACCCGUCAGAGGCAAACUCCAAACCCUCCUACGAUGACGCUCCCAAACCGUACAGCUUCGACUGGAACGUUAAGGAUGACGAGAGCAAGAACGACUACGGACACAAGGAGACCAGUGACGGCAAAGUCGUCACCGGAUCUUACCGCGUUGUCCUGCCCGAUGGCCGCACUCAGAUCGUGACUUACAAAGCCGAUGAGAACGGAUACGUGGCCGAUGUGAAAUACGAAGGCGAAGCCCAAUACCCUGCUCCCGAAUACAAACCGACCUCCAAGUACUGAAUGUUGUAAUCGCAUCACUGCAAAUCGAAAAUUGGAUUUUUAAUGUAAUUUAUUUUGGACGCACGUAAAAGAUACACAAUAUACAAAAUCGUGGAAAUUUGAAAAAAAAAAUUAGUUUAAUGAUUUCAUUUGUUUUGAAUGUUACCCCUACUGCUGGUUGUCGUGAGGUACAAACGGAAUCGUUUCGCAUGAAAGAUAUAUAUUUCUUAAUAAAAGUAAAUUAGGAGAAGAAAUUAUUUCGAAAAAAAUGUUGUUUGCAUUUCUUCCUGUCUACGAUGACUUAAACUUACAGUGAAUUUCCACCAUUUUUUCAUUCAAAGAGAUAAAGCAAUUUAAGUAAAUGGUGUCGCUUUUGCGAAACACACGAAAAUACAUUUACCUUAUUUACGAU